CACCCAAAAAGCCGAAGUCCGUUAAACCGUUGCCCAUUUCCAUCUCUCCAAUCAAAACUUGCUUUAUAAAAUGGCGACUGCUCCUUUUCCUCCAAUUCCCUCCAUCGUCACUCACUCUUCUUCCACUUCAAAACCGCCACAAAAUCUCUCGCUUUCACCUCCAUUCAGAGCCCAAUUCCCUAACAGCCGAACCCAACAACAAACCACUCUCAGAAGAGAUUUCUUGAGAGGGGUUGCUCUGCUUCCUCUUCUUCUCGACCUCAAAAUGCCGUCGUCUUCUGUUGCCAAGGAGAUCGAGGUCGGGUCCUACCUCCCGCCCUCGCCGUCCGACCCUUCCUUCGUCUUGUUCAAAGCUUCUCCCAAAGACACUCCCGCACUUCGUGCAGGAAAUGUGCAGCCCUACCAAUUCAUACUUCCGCCAACAUGGAAGCAGACUCGUGUGGCUAACAUAUUAUCUGGUAAUUACUGCCAACCAAAAUGUGCAGAGCCUUGGAUUGAGGUCAAAUUUGAAGACGAAAAACAAGGGAAAAUUCAGGUAGUAGCUUCACCUCUAAUACGUUUGACCAAUAAGCCCAAUGCAACAAUAGAAGAUAUUGGGAGCCCUGAAAAAUUGAUUGCUUCUCUUGGACCUUUCGUUACUGGAAAUACAUAUGAUCCAGAUGAACUCCUCCAGUCUUCACUUGAAAAGCGUGGUGAUCAAACGUAUUACAAAUAUGAACUUGAGACUCCAUUUGCUCUAACUGGUUCACACAAUCUUGCAAAGGCAACAGCAAAGGGAAACACAGUUGUCUUGUUCGUAGCAAGCGCAAACGAUAAACAGUGGCCAGCCUCCGAGAAAAUUCUCAAAGCGAUGCUUGAUUCUUUUCAGAGUACGUAAUGGGUGGUGAGCUAUCAAGAAUCGGUGAUGUCUAUGGCUAUGGGAUUCUGUUGUUGGAGAUGUUCACGGGAAAGCGGCCAACGGGUGAAAUUUACUUUUUGAAUAAAUCUAAUUGAUGCCUGAAAACCUUUUUACACCUAUUCUGUGCAGUAUUGUGUGAGAUUGUAAUAUCUUUUUUCCAAUUGUUUUGGACGAUUUCAUGCAUCUAGGACAACUAU